GGGCGGCUCCGGUUCGCGUCCGGCCCACGCCGGCGCUCGGGCCUCGGCACCCCCGCCCAGUCGCCGGAACCAGCUGAGCACAGCUGGACUCAGUAGCCGCCGUCGCCAGCGCCGCAGCAGCAGGUGGUGCUGACAGCUCCUCUUUGUACAGUGCUCCGGCCUUGGUCAAAGCACCUCCCCUGGGAGCAGCUCUCUUCCCCCUGCACAGCCCUGUGAGUUCUUGCAGAUACAGCGCUAGGAAAAGGGGAGUAAUUCAGGUCUAGAAUGGAAAAACUGUUUUGUUGCUUUCCUAGCAGCAUGGUGGUAGAACACCCCGAGUUCCUUAAGGCAGGCAAGGAGCCUGGCUUGCAGAUCUGGCGAGUGGAGAAGUUCGACCUGGUGCCUGUGCCACCCAACCUUUAUGGAGACUUCUUCACAGGCGAUGCCUAUGUCAUCCUGAAGACGGUGCAGCUGAGGAAUGGGAAUCUGCAGUAUGACCUCCACUACUGGCUGGGCAAUGAGUGCAGUCAGGAUGAGAGUGGGGCAGCCGCCAUCUUCACUGUGCAGCUGGAUGACUACCUGAACGGCCGGGCCGUGCAGCACCGCGAGGUCCAGGGCUUCGAGUCGGCCACCUUCCUCGGUUACUUCAAGUCUGGCCUCAAGUACAAGAAAGGAGGCGUGGCAUCGGGAUUCAAACAUGUGGUACCCAAUGAAGUGGUGGUGCAGAGACUGUUCCAGGUCAAAGGGCGGCGUGUGGUCCGCGCCACCGAAGUGCCUGUGUCCUGGGAGAGCUUCAACAAUGGCGAUUGCUUCAUCCUAGACCUGGGCAAUGACAUCUACCAGUGGUGUGGCUCCAAGAGCAACCGAUAUGAGAGACUGAAGGCCACACAGGUGUCCAAGGGCAUCCGGGACAAUGAACGGAGUGGCCGGGCUCAAGUGCACGUGUCUGAGGAGGGCGCUGAGCCCGAGGCAAUGCUCCAGGUGCUGGGUCCCAAGCCGGCUCUGCCCGCAGGGACUGAGGACACACUCAAGGAGGACGCGGCCAACCGCAAGCUGGCCAAGCUCUAUAAGGUCUCCAACGACGGGGGCACCAUGUCAGUCUCCCUCGUGGCUGAUGAGAACCCGUUUGCCCAGGGGGCCCUGAGGUCAGAGGACUGCUUCAUUCUGGACCAUGGCACUGAUGGGAAAAUCUUUGUCUGGAAAGGCAAGCAGGCUAACACGGAGGAGAGGAAGGCUGCCCUCAAAACAGCCUCCGAUUUCAUCUCCAAGAUGGGCUACCCCAAGCAGACCCAGGUCUCAGUCCUCCCCCAGGGCGGUGAAACCCCGCUAUUCAAGCAGUUUUUCAAGAACUGGCGGGACCCAGACCAGACGGACGGCCCUGGCCUUGCCUAUCUCUCCAGCCACAUUGCUAACGUGGAGCGGGUGCCCUUCGACGCUGCCACCCUGCACACCUCCACCGCCAUGGCCGCCCAGCACGGCAUGGAUGACGAUGGCACAGGCCAGAAACAGAUCUGGAGAAUUGAAGGUGCCAACAAAGUGCCUGUGGACCCUGCCACAUAUGGGCAGUUCUAUGGCGGAGACAGCUACAUCAUUCUGUACAACUACCGCCAUGGUGGCCGCCAGGGACAGAUCAUCUACAACUGGCAGGGUGCCCAGUCAACCCAGGAUGAGGUCGCUGCUUCUGCCAUCCUGACCGCCCAGCUGGAUGAGGAACUUGGAGGUACCCCUGUCCAGAGCCGUGUGGUCCAAGGCAAGGAGCCUGCCCACCUCAUGAGCCUGUUCGGCGGGAAGCCCAUGAUCAUCUACAAGGGUGGCACUUCCCGUGAAGGUGGGCAGACGGCCCCUGCCAGUACCCGACUCUUCCAGGUCCGGGCCAGCAGCUCUGGAGCCACCCGAGCCGUUGAGGUGAUCCCUAAGGCGGGUGCAUUGAACUCCAAUGAUGUCUUUGUCCUGAAAACUCCUUCGGCUGCCUACCUUUGGGUGGGUGCAGGAGCCAGUGAGGCAGAGAAGAAGGGGGCUCAGGAGUUGCUCAAAGUGCUGCGGGCCCAGCCUGUGCAGGUGGCAGAAGGCAGCGAGCCAGACAGCUUCUGGGAGGCCCUGGGUGGAAAGGCUCCCUACCGCACGUCCCCACGGCUGAAGGACAAGAAGAUGGACGCCCACCCUCCUCGUCUCUUUGCUUGCUCCAACAAGAUCGGACGUUUUGUGAUCGAGGAGGUUCCUGGCGAGCUCAUGCAGGAAGAUCUGGCCACUGAUGACGUUAUGCUCCUGGACACCUGGGACCAGGUCUUUGUCUGGGUUGGGAAGGAUUCUCAAGAAGAGGAGAAGACAGAAGCCUUGACCUCUGCUAAGCGGUAUAUCGAGACCGACCCAGCCAACCGGGACAGGCGGACCCCCAUCACUGUCGUGAAACAAGGCUUUGAGCCUCCCUCUUUUGUGGGCUGGUUCCUCGGCUGGGAUGACAACUACUGGUCUGUGGACCCCUUGGACAGGGUCUUGGCUGAGCUGGGAGCCUGAGGAAGGGCAGGCCCUACCAGUGUCACCGGUCAGUGCCUUUUAGAACUGUCCGUCACUCGAAGAGACCCUGCAGCAAGCAGGGCAACUCUGGUAUGUGUGUGUGUGUGCGUGUGUGUGGUUUUUUGUUUGUUUGUUUGUUUUUUUAAUAGUAGCCAAAAACAGCCCUGCAAAAAGUGAGGGUCCUUGCAAAUUGUUUCAAAUAUCUGUGCUUUGGAAAUUUACUUCAAUAAAAGCUUUUGAAGUGUA